GAUGUAAACAGGAAAUGAUAUAGAAUGCAGACAGGAAGUUCCGGGUCAAAGGUGAAUCGGGAGGAUAUAGAGAGAAGACGUUACUGGAACUGGUAGCAGAGGAGAGAGGAGUGUCCUGUGUAGAUCACACAACCGAAUCAAUAAGCAUGGACAAAGCCCCACCAGGGAGAUGUCCCCGUCCUCUGUAUUCCCGGGAUUCCACACAGGAAGGUCACACCAUCCCCCACCAUCAUCAGGGGGAAGAACUGAAAGACCUCAACAUUGAGAUUAAAGAGGAAGAAGAGGAAGAAGAAGAAGAGAGGUUGGUGAGUGGAGAUCAGCAGUCUAUGGAGGAGGGGGAGAUGAUUAUGGAAAGUAAACAGGAGGAAUCUUCUCUACAUAAGGACACAAAUGGACUCUAUCUAUGGAAGUCUACUGAGGGACGUCUUGUUGUAUCUCAAGGUUAUGUUGCAGAAGAUAAUGGAAUUGUACGAUAUUUUGUAGAUCCCCCUAAUUGUGAGGAACCUCCACAUACAUCCAAUGGUGAUAGUCGGGAUGUCCAUCUAAGACCUCACAGUGUGCCGACAUCAACAGAUCCAGCAGUGGACCCGUUAACGUGCCCCGAGUGCGGGAGAGUCUUCAUUUACAGAAGACACCUUCUUCGACACCAGAAACUUUACGCGACCUAUCGUUAUUCAUGUUCAGAGCGCGGAAAAUGUUCUACUGAGGAAAAUCUGCUCCUCAGGCACCAGAAAAUUCAUACAGGGGAGCGUCCUUUUUCAUGUUCAGAGUGCGGAAAAGGUUUCAUUUCGAAAAGUGCACUGGCUAUACACCAGAGAAUUCACACGAAGGAGCGUCCUUAUUCGUGUCCAGAGUGCGGGAAAGCUUUCAUUACCAAAACUAAUCUUGCUAGACACCAGAAAACUCACACGGGGGAGCGUCCUUAUUCGUGUUCAGAGUGUGGGAAAAGUUUCAGUCGGAAAAAUAGACUUGUUACACACCAGAGAAAUCACACGGGGGAGCGCCCUUAUUCGUGUUCAGAGUGUGGGAAAACUUUCAUUGAGAAAAAUAGACUUGUUGCACACCAGAGAGUUCACACGGGGGAGCGCCCUUAUUCAUGUUCAGAGUGCGGAAAAUGUUUUCCUGAGAAAAAAACACUCCUCAGGCACCAGAGAAUUCAUACAGGGGAGCGUCCUUUUUCAUGUUCGGAGUGCGGGAAAGCUUUCAUUGACAAAAAUAAUCUUGUUAUACACCAGAGAAUUCACACGGGCCAGAGUCAUCCACAUUUAUGUUCAGAGUGUGGGAAAUGUUUCACUCAGAAAUCAGACCUUCUUAAACAUCAGAGAAUUCACACGGGCCAAGGUCCUCAUUUAUGUUCAGAGUGUGGGAAACGUUUCACUCAGGAAUCAGAUCUUCUUAAACACGAGAGAAUUCACAGGGGGGAGCGUCCGUUCUCGUGUUCAGAGUGUGGGAAAUGUUAUACUAACAAAGCAAACUUUCUUGCACAUCAGAGAAUUCACACGAGUCCUCAUUUAUGUUCAGAGUGCGGGAAAUGUUUCAUUAUUAAACACGCGCUGGUUAGACACCAGAGAAUUCACAGGGGGGAGCGUCCUUAUUCGUGUCCAGAGUGCGGGAAAGCUUUCCUUGACAAAGAAAAACUUGUUAUACACCAGAGAAGGCACACGGGUGAGCGUCCGUUCUCGUGUUCAGAGUGCGGGAAAUGUUUCAUCCAGAAAUCGGACCUUCUUAAACACCAGAGAAUUCACACUGGCGAGCGCCCUUUCUCUUGUUCAGAGUGCGGGAAGUGCUUUACUGAAAAAGGCACACUUGUUACGCACCAAAGAAUUCACACAGGUGAGUGCCCUUUGCAGUGUCCGGAGUGCGGGAAACGUUUCCGUCACAAGACAACACUUAUUACGCACCAGAGAAUUCACACUGGUGAACUGCCGUUUUCAUGUUCAGAGUGCGGGAAGUGUUUCGCAAAAGAAAAAACACUUCUCAGACACCAGAGAAAACACAGAGGCGAGCGUUCUUUCUCAUGUUUAGAGUGCGGGAAGUGUUACGCGGAGAAGGCAAAGCUUCUUGCACACCAGAAAAAUUCACACGGGUGAAAGUCCUUAUUUAUGUUCAGAGUGCGGGAAAUGUUUCAUUCAGAAAUCAGACCUUCUUAA